UUCGUUUUCGGUAGCUUCCCCGUAGAUCUCACAGCAUUCGGCGAUGUACGAAAUUAUCUCACGGAGGAUUUCUCCCUUCCAAUACUUCUACUUACAGAUGCAUACUACUCAGAGAAUAUAGGUGAACUAGAGAAAGUUGUUCGACAUGACAUUCCCAAGGAGCAGCUCUUGUUCCGCGCUGAUAUAAUUGAUCCCUCUCGAAGGGACGUUCCGGCCGAGAGUGGUGGUAUGGUAUGUACUCUCGGCCGUUUAGUGCCGCAAGAUUUUUGUGAUACUACUGCAGUUCAAGUGUGUUUUGUUGGAGAUCCGGCCAGCCCUUUGAUCCCGCUAUGGUUAAUGACUUAUCCUCAGUGCUUUUCCCUCGUAUGCUUCGAUCCACAGACUUCAACAAUAGUGAAAGAGACGUGA